AAGAGACUUCAGUGACUGCAUUAUGUGACUGCAUUAUGUGACUGCCUUCAGCACAACAGCUCAGAGACGCGGACUUUUCUCUCCGGCAAACUCGGGUUUGUUUGCAGACUCUGAAAUUAAAAACAUGACAUUUCUAAAGGUCAAAAAUUAUGAAGGAGAAACAUCCUGCCCAAGAGAACUGACCAGUUAGAUUCAAAGUCAAAUUGAUACUUUCAGUCUAAAGUCAACACAGCAACACAUCAUCCUCAAAAAUGAUCAAGGCAAUCUGGUGCAGACUGGAAGAGGACUCAUAAAAGACCUGUAGUUUAUUCCACCUCUUCCUCUGCUUGGCCUCUGAUAAGCUCCUGAUCACCUCUCAGUGGCUCUGAGAUGAUAAUCUCUGCGGCCACCCUGGCAAAACCUCUGAGUGAUGAAGGCCUCUGACACAUUCCUCAUCCUCUUUUUCCUCUUCAGGACUCUGGUAUGUGUAACUGUCUUACCGACAUGCCAGUUUACUAGAUACAACAGUCCCUCAGUGAAUUGCCUCAAAAUUUUCAGCCGCUUCUUGUGUGUGUUUCUGUGUGUGUGUGUGUGUGUGUGUGUGUGUAGUGUGUGUCAGAGGGGAUGAUGAAGGAUACGGUGAAGGAAUGGAAACGCUACAGGCAUGAAUGUCUGCUCCAGAUUAAUACAGACCCCACACCCACAGGACUGGUUUGUGGUCGUAUGUUUGACAUGUACGCCUGCUGGCCAGAUGGAAAACCCAAUUCUACAGUCAAGGUGCCCUGUCCCUGGUACCUGCCCUGGCACAGCCAAGCCUCCGCUGUGUGUUUGUGCAGUGCGCAAUGGCUUCGUGGUGCGGGAGUGCGGUCCCAAUGGUCAGUGGACGACCAGCAACUCCAGCCACACCUGGAGGGACCACUCCCAGUGCAGAUCAGACAACGGCCAGCAGAAGGCUCAGGAGAGGCAGAUGAUGAUCUUAGUCUACUUCAGAAUCAUGUACACAGUAGGUUACUGUGUUAGUCUGGCCAGUCUCUCUCUGGCUCUCAUUAUUCUGCUCCUCUUCAGGAAGCUGCACUGCACCAGAAACUACAUCCACACCAACUUGUUUGCGUCGUUUGUUCUGCGAGCUGUUUCCAUCCUGACCAGAGAUGCUCUGCUGAGUGGAGACACUCCUGAGUUCAGAGGCAGCAGGAAUGUCUCAGAAGUGCUCAGUGAUCAGGCUUUGUCUGGCUGCCAUGUGGCUCAGGUGCUGAUGCAGUACUGCGUGGGAGCCAACUACUACUGGCUGUUGGUGGAAGGCCUGUAUCUGCACAACCUGCUGGUGCUGGUGAUGUUCUCUGAAAACCGCUGCUUCUGUGGAUACCUGCUCAUAGGAUGGGGCGUCCCAGUGUUAUUUGUGGUUCCUUGGAUUAUCGUGCGUUACUUGUUUGAAAACACAAGGUGUUGGGAAAUAAAUGAGAGCAUGGCGUACUGGUGGAUAAUCCGCGCUCCCAUCCUGCUCGCCAUUCUGGUGAACUUCUUCAUCUUCAUCCGCAUCAUCCUUAUUCUUGUGUCCAAACUGAAAGCCCACAAGAUGAGAUACACAGACUAUAAAUUCAGACUGGCUAAAUCCACCUUGACCCUGAUCCCUCUGCUGGGGAUCCACGAAAUCGUCUUUGCAGUGUUGACGGACGAGCACACGGAUGGCGUCCUCCGUAAUGUCAAACUUUUUUUCCAACUCUUCCUCAGCUCUUUCCAGGGUUUAUUUGUAGCUAUCCUCUACUGUUUUGUCAACAAGGAGGUGCAGGCAGAGAUAAAGAAGAAAUGGCAAAGGUGGAAGAUGGGGAUGAGUGACCUGGAUGACCUGAGAAACACUGGCAGCAACACGCCACAGGUUGGUGCACACAUCCCACCAUGUAGCCGAUGCCACCAGCAGUCACCGUGUCUGCCAUCCGAACAUUGCCAAGAGGACAGCUGCCCCUCCGAUCCUCCUCACCCUCAGCUCCCCCUUCCUCACCCCUAUACCCACCAGGACCAGCUAGGAGCCAGACAGCUGAGGACCUACUGCUUUACCUCUGCUUUUACACAGGAUGGAGGAGAAGAAAUGAGGAGGUGUUGUGAGAGCUACUGCUGAAAAAUCAAAAUGGCCUUUAAAGUCUUUAGCAAAAAAAGCAAUCAGACUCACUGACAGACUGACCGAAAGGCUCUAUGAUGUAUCAUCUAUUGUCACAAUAAAUGGUUUAAGAAAUACACAAACGAAUUCA